GUGUUUGAAUUUUACUCCUCAGCUAUGGCCGGUCCUUCACGAUUUGGCAAUAUUAGUCUGCUACUUAUAUGUUUAUCGGCAGCGGUGGUGGUGGUUUCUUGUAACAAAAUCGAAAGUGACGAAGAACCCAUUGUUCAACUUCCAAAUGGGAAGAUUCGUGGUCUAAAACGUCCUGGUAAUUAUUUGUCAUUUGAAUCGAUUCCGUAUGCAGAGCCACCAAUUGGAAAAAAUCGAUUCGAGCCUCCUAAGCCCUAUCUUGCAAAUUGGACCGGUAUAAGAUAUGCAACGCAACAUCCAGUUUUAUGUAUGCAAUGGGAUCAGUUUGGCAAUAAGAAGGACCUCUUGAGUGGGGUUGAGGAUUGUCUCACUAUAAACGUUUACACUCCCAGUCUGACUCGAAACAAACCUUAUCCUGUCUUGGUGCUCGUUCAUGGAGGAGCUUUUACGUUUAGUAGUGCUCAAGAAAACCGUGAAGAUUUUCUUAUGGCAAAUGGAAAACUAAUUGUGGUCAAGAUGAAUUAUCGACUUGGACCGUUGGGUUUUCUGAGCACAGGAGAUGACGUAAUUUCUGGAAAUUUCGGUUUAAAAGAUCAACUCUUGGCUUUGGAGUGGAUAAAAGGCAAUGUUGCAGCUUUCAAUGGAAAUCCCGAAAAAAUCACUGUUUUAGGUUUUUCUGCAGGAGCAGCUUCAGUACAUUUACACAUGAUGAAUAAAAACUUCGAGAAGUUAGCAGCAGCUGCGGUUUCGAUGAGUGGAAAUGCUUUGCCCUAUUGGGUUGUUGAUAGAAACCCUAAAAAGAAAGCUGUCGCCUUGGCAACAUUUUUAAACUGCCCCACUGACAGCUCCAGUUCAAUCAAAAGGUGCUUGCAAGAUAAGGACCCCACGGACAUAGUUCGAACAAUAAAGGAGUUCCAGAAGCCUUAUAUUGGAUAUAAUCCUGCAGUACCCUUCAGUCCUGUGGUGGAGGCAAAAACUGUUCAAAACGCUUUCCUCACCGAGAAACCAGAAAUCAUAAUAAAAAGUGGAAAAUCUGCUAGAAUUCCUUGGCUUGCAGCAUUCACUAAAAAUGAUGGAGGCUAUAAUGCUGCGGAAUUCAUGCAAAAAGAUUCAAAUGGUGUGGAAUUAAUUGAGGCAUUGAAUGAACGUUGGCAAGAACUUUUACCUGUGAAUCUAUAUUUCAAAAAUGCUGUGGAUGAAAGUGAGUUGGAGGCAUUUACAACCAGCAUUCGACAGAAAUAUAUGGGUGAUGAAAAAUUCACAGCGCAAAAUUAUUUCUUGUUUCAAAAAAUGUACACCGAUGUCAUAUUUGCUGAUAGUACUAAAAAAUCUUGGAAUCUGCACAAGGAAUACACAGAUUCUCCAUUUUAUGGUUAUGUCUAUGAUAACCCACGACCUCGUAAUCUAGGAAAUACGUUGUCAAAUCGAACCGAUAUCAAUUUUGGAACAGUCCAUGGUGAUGAUUUUUAUUUACUUUUUAGAGGUCCUGAUUUCGAUGAGGUAUCUUUUACGGAAAACCAAAAGAAAAUGUCCUCAAAUUUCGUUAGAAUGAUUGAAGACUUCUGUCUUAAGGGAAACCUACAGUUUGGAACUUGUAAGUUUGCUGAGAAUUCUUCAAAGACCAAAGGGAUUGUCGCAAUGUAUAUAACGAAAGACUCAUGUAAACCAGUCAGUGUUGAUGAAUUGUAAAGCGAAGUUCUAGUUUGUCUGAAGAAAGCAAAACUUAACAGCCACCAAUUCUCAAUAGACGACAGUGAACUUCUAAACUUGAAAUUCUUAAACAAACUCUUGAACAACUAUAAUCAACAAAGGUUACAUAUUUUACAGACAAAAUUGUAAAUUGUUUUUUAAUUCACUACUUUUGAACAUUGCAAAAAUAAUAAAAACCAAAAUAUAUGAA